UUCAAAGCGCUUGCCGCUCAGCUGGGUCCAGGCCCUGCAUCUUGACGGAUUCCAGGCGUUGGGAGGGACAAGAACCUCCUAAAUGUGGAGCCCAAGUUUGAGAGUGUAACCUGCCUGAUGUGGAGCGAGGCUUUGAGGGUCUCAGAGUGGAAUGUGUACUACAAACUCUCGUAAUCCUCACGCGCUUCGUCUGUGGCCACAGCCUACCUAGGGUGGGCCUGAUUUGUUCCUGACCCUAACAGAUGAACCCCAGGACGGGGCGGAGCCGGAAUGUGGGGGCGCCGGGAGGUCUGCCUGUUGGACUUGCAGACAAACUGAGGAAAGUGUGCUGAAGCGGGGGUCUAGAGUUCAAAGGUCAUAGGUCACUGUAGCGAGUUGUAAGGGGCUGAAAGCCAGAGGGGUGUUAAGGAGAGACUCAGUGACUGAAUACUCAGGGGACGGAUUGGUGGGUAAGGGAGUCGGAGGGAGGAGAAGCGGGGAGGGGAGGGAGGCGGGCAUAGUGCCGGGAGAAGCGGGGAGACUUAGGAAAGAAGGGGAAAAGAAUUCCUUGAAUAUUCAUUUCCUGAAUGACUGGGCUGACACUGCCGGUCACUUAACCGGGCCUCACUCAUUUGCAACCCCAGCUGUCAGGGUGAGGAGAUGGCUUCUCCCUCUAGACAGCCCCCCUUGGGAGGGUCAGGGCUGCUUCAAGGGAGCCGGGCUCGUUCUUACGGAAGCCUGGUACAAUCAGCCUGCUCCCCGGUGAGGGAAAGACGCCUGGAGCAUCUGUUGAAACCUGGAGACACCUUGGCUGGAUUAGCACUCAAAUACGGAGUGACGAUGGAACAGAUUAAGCGUGCAAACCGCCUUUAUACUAAUGACUCCAUCUUCCUGAAGAAAACUCUCUACAUCCCCAUCCUGAGAGAGCCCAGAGACCUGUUCAGUAGUUUGGAUUCUGAGGAAGAGAAUGAUGGAGAAGAAGAGGUAGACCCAAGUAAGGAUGAAGUUCGGCCACAUACAGCUGAGAGGAAGAAACAAGAGAUAGAAUCAGGAUGUGCCAAUGGUGACGUUCUCCCCAAACCUAGCCAGGAACAUCCCACUCCCAUCCAUGACCUCUCUGCCUCUGAUUUCCUUAAGAAGCUUGAUUCACAGAUCAGCCUGUCAAAGAAGGCUGCUGCCCAAAAACUGAGAAAAGGGGAAAGCAGGGUACCUGGGGAAGAUGCAGGUCUCCAUCAGAACUCCCCUCGGAUGCAGCAACGAGCAGUCCUAGGUCCUGUGCCGCUGACCCGGACCUCUCGGACCCAGACGCUGCGGGACCAGGAGGAUGAAAUCUUCAAACUCUGAUGUUCCCAGAACUGAGAGGAGCAUGAUGUUGAAGAAGCAUCGUGAGGGGGAGAGGAGCCUGAGGUGAGGCUCAAGGACAUGGCUUCCCAGCCUGACUCCCUCAACUCCAGCUGUCUUCUCCAGCCUCCUUAUAUACAAGAAUUCCUUGGCCUGGGGCAUUUUUCUGGCAAGAGUAGGAGAUGGGGCCUAGACCCCUCCCCAGUUUUAGGGCUGAAUCUAGAGUUUUUCCUUUAGAUUCAGAAGGUUCUUUUUAUAUCCCUGCUACCUUUCCUAUCCCUUUCACCACUCUCUGGCCUUAGAGCAGAGAAACAGAGACUUCCCUUCAACUUCUUCCCCAUCUCCAACUGUGUUACCUAAUUUAUUUGGUGCUAUAUUGAAGUAAUAUUUAUUUGCUGUAUCUAACUCUUUCCCACUGUUAGCUGAAAAGUGGGAUUUCUAGAGCACUGGGGUGAGGGGAACCCAGAAACACUGAGCUGGUCCCUCAGCUUCCCUACCUUCUUACCCAAGCAUGUUAUCAAGGACAGGGGAAUCAUGAUCUAGUACCAUCAUGGAAGAUGGUGGACUGUGCCAAGUCUUUUCCCUAGUCUCAAGGGGAAGGAUUUGGGUUCAGUCUGACUAACCAGUUCCCUAUAAACUCUAAGAAAAAGCAACAAUGUCGGAACCUGAAUUCUCCAUUCUUCCAGUUCACCCUUCUAACCUGUCUCUGCUCAGCCUGCAGUGGGGCUAAGGGAUGGAACACACAUUGCCUUGGGAUGUGAGAAGGACAGUUGUGGGAGUCUCUUUGUUACACCCCCUCCCCACUAAAGCCUGUCUGUGUA